AUGUCUAUGGUGAUCUUGCGCAUGGUGCAGCUCGAUGCUCGAGCCAAAGGAGCCGCAUUACCGCCGGAAACCGAGAAAUUGUUCGAGAAGUUUGAAAAUAGAGAUUGGAAGACCCAGGAGACGAGAGAGUUGAUGAGCAUUUAUGCUGACCUGGAGAGUGCAACGACCCAGCAAGGGAAUGCUGCGUCAGUGGACAUGGGGAAAUUCAUAAAGCAGAUGGAGAGCCUUGGUUUAGAAGCUCCUAAGUUGAGUUAG